AUGUCGGAGACAAUCAUUCUCACUCCACUACCUUUAGCAACGGGGACACCACCGCCCGGAUGGGUGGAGGAGAAUGGUAGAUUCAUUCCCUUUUGGUACAGCAAAACCGGCGUCAUCGUGAAGUGGUCUUUGUUCCUGGGCAUAUUCGGCCUUCUCGGCCUGUACCUGGGCUUUGGCUAUAUGCACGCUAAGAGCCGCCUAAAGAAGGGCCUCUUGCCCAUAAAGGGAACGAGAUGGUUAUGUAGUCGAGCACAGCUGGCGAGGGUGGACCCCAAGUACUCGGUUGCCGCCCAGACCCAGGGUUACUACACGUACCGGCCGGAGCACUACAACAUGCAGCCCAGCAUGCCGCCUCCGCCCCCGAUGUACGACCCCAGCGCCCCGAGGCCCCCAAUGUACGAAGGUCCGCAGGGCGGCAGCAAAGUCGACCCGAGCCAGGCCGCUCCUCCAUACCCGGGCCAGCAGCAGCAGUCUGGCGUUACGCCUCCAGCGCCCGUUGCAACUAAUCUCACGGGAAGCAACAAUCCGUACCUUAACCGGACAUGA